AUGAACCCUCGCGAUCAGUCUGAAAUGACUCCGGGCAAUUCUUAUCCCUCUCCGAACGGGGCGCAGAUGGCCCAGGGAGCCAUGCCAUAUUACACCAACCGCCAAUUGACCACGGACGAACUCCUCUCCGCCGAGCUUUCCCGCGAUGCUUCUGGACCUGGAAUGGGCGAUGGAUCAAAUAAUGGUGUGCAUCACAACCAGGGCAUGGUUCUCGGGUCCUCGAAUGCCGGCGAUCUGGGUCGCACCUCGUCCGAUGAUCAACACCAGCAUCAACACAUGCUGCAAUUCACUCCCAGCCAGCAAGUAGGCGUUGAUCCGAACCAUGAUUUGAGCUAUGGUGAACAAAGUGCGCGUAAGCGUUCGAAAAUUUCACGAGCCUGUGACGAGUGUCGACGCAAGAAGGUGCGAUGCGAUGCUAGCUCAGAAACUGGUCUUGAGACUUGUUCAAAUUGUCGUCGAUUGGGUGUUGUCUGUCAAUUCAGUCGCGUGCCGAUGAAACGCGGGCCUAGUAAAGGGUACAUCAAGGAACUCGCAGAGCGACUGCACACCCUUGAAAAUCAGAUGCAGCCCGGAAUGGUUCAGUCCGAUGUUUCCUAUCAGUCCAUGAACGAGGUUUCUCUGCCUAGGUCAUACCAGGACUUCGCCUCACCCCUCGAUUCCGCCAAUCGCAAGAGAACCUACUCUGUCUUCGAGGGUCUUCCAAGUUCAUCCUUUGCACAACCUUCGUUUAACGCACGUGGAUCACACAAUGCCUUUGACGCCGCUGAUUCCACCACCGAUCCCUUCAGCACAGCGGUCGCUAGUGGCAGCGCAUCGAAACAAACAAUGCCGUUCUGGAACCCAACAGGCCAUGAGCAAGACCUGCCAAGUGACCUUGAAAUUACGGAUCUGCACAAACACCAAGGCGACGACAACAUCUCUCCCGUUCAUCUCGACGAGGGCGCUCUUGAUGCGUACUACAAAACCAUUCACACCCUUUGCCCUAUUCUGCCCCACGCCAGGGAGCGGGCUUUGGAACUCCUCCAUCAGGGCGAUCGACAGGCACAGGAAACUUUCUGCCACGCGCUCUACAGUGUUACUCGCACUGAUCUGUCUCGCGUUGCCGGUACCUUCGAGCGAGUUAACUCAUUUGACAACGCGCAAGAAAUUCUCUUGUCCCACACACGACAACCGUCAUUGAUCGAUCAGUCCAACCCAAGCAACCUUAUUUGGUUGCAAACCCUUAUUUUGAUGAUCAUCGAUUGUGAUCAGCGUGGUCCCGAUAACUUCCUUGGCAAAGACGCCCUUCCAAAGCAUACCUUGGUUCAAGUAGCCAACAAUUUCGGCCAUACUUUAGCGAAGAACCAGGGCCAAUUGAGGAUCGAGCGACCUUCAGACCCUGAUGUUGAUUCAGAGGCUAACUUGACUCGGCGCAACUGGGUGUCUUUGAUUAUCUUGACCCGCUUUUAUUGCAUCAGUGCCGCUGAAGUGAAUUUUAUCGACUCAUAUCCGCUCGACGAACAGUUGAUCGGUGGCCGUGAGGAUGGGCGAAUUCUUGGCCCUAUCGUCACUGGUAUUGCUUCAUUAACUGAACGCCUGGUUGAGAUGAUCGAGCUGGCCACUACCAAGGAAAAUGUCUGUCAGGUCUCUCGCGGCCCUUACGCGAAUUGGGGUAAGAGAUUGAUUUUUGAUCAUGAAAAUCUUGCAGAGGAAGAUCUCUUCAAGGUCCAAGACCUUCCUGAAAACACUGCCACUCGUAUGCUCCUUGAAAGCAUACACACUCAGCUUUACUGGACUGUCAAUCUCCUGCUGAAACGCCAUCUGUUUUUUUACAGCCCCCAGGAAGUUGUUCGUUGCGCCGAGGAGCUCACCAAUGAGCUCUACAGGGCUACCUUGCAAUCCCGGCUCCCUACGCCAUUUGACAUGCACAGUCUAGCCAUCGCCUCUAUGACCUUGCUUGAGGCUACUGUUCUCCCCGAAGUCUCAGACAAGUGUUGGGAAUCGCUGAACAAAGUCGAAGAGAUCUUAAACCAGCGGGAAAACCUCACAAAUGAGAUGGGCGAGUUUAAGAACAUCCUGGGUACUCCAGGCUGGGAUGCCAAAAUCCGUGUUUUCCUUGAAUGGCGUCGUGCCAAAUUCCAAGCGAGUCAACUUCAGGAAUCCGUUGCCAAGGCGGCCUCUGGCCUGCCACCACCUGUCAUGGGCCCGAAUGAACAGCGUUCUUUGCAGCAUUUGGCUGACUUGGCAGUCGGCGCGGAAGGCUCCGUUGGCCAAGGCACAUCUGGUACACCACCCCCAGGCCUCGGUGAGCAGGACGAGCCAUCUCCGAGCAUUGCGCCACGGCUAGCUCAGUCGCACGUUAAUGCUGGCUAUCAGACGGUUGACUUCACCAUGCUUACGAAGGAGGGUUACCUGAAUGUGUUCUCGGGUUUGAUUUACUCCAGAGGCCCUCGCUAA